AUGUUCGUUGCCUUGCUUAUCAUAAUUGCACCGUUAUGCAAUUUUGCUAAUGGUGCUACAGAAGCUAUUAACGUUUGCAAUGUUCCAAUGCCAGGAGUACGAGCGGGAGCCAUCGUACAAAGACCUUCAGUGCCUGUCGAGAAUUGCCAAGAUCGAGAUGCAUUGGCUUGCUAUGAAUUAUUCAAACCUGGAGACAACGAUGGUGAAAUUGGAAUGGCAUUCAAUGAGAAUCGUAUGGAGUGA